AAUUGACUCGUUACUAGCCAGUUCCCACUAUUCUUUUCGGAGUUUUGAGUUUACUUUACCCUACGGUUGUCUGUAGAUCUCAAAUUUGAUCUGUGCUGCCUGCCAAGACAUCCUUGGAGUAACAAUUGAUGGAUUCAUCGUCCAAAGAUGAUCCGAUGUACGACGUGUUCUUGAGUUCUGGAGGUGAAGACACACGCACGACCUUCACGGACCACCUCUACUGUACAUUAGAAGACCACCGAUUCAACGUCUUCAUGUACGGAGACGAAUACGAUUACAAGCUAGAAAAAAGUAAUAGAGCUAUACCAGAACACCUGAUUCAAGAAAUCGAAAGGUCUAAGGUUGCCGUCGUCGUCUUCUCAAGAGGGUAUCCGGAGUCCGCGUGGUGUCUCGAGGAGCUGGUGAAGAUCAUGGAGUGCAGAAAAACACUGGGUCAAAUGGUUUUUCCAAUCUUCUAUGGUGUUGAUUCCUCAGAUGUCGUGAACCAGAGUGGUAGUUUUGCACAGGCGUUUCAGAAAUAUGAACAGGAAGUUAAGGAUGAAAAGGUACUUCUCUGGAGAAACGCUCUUAAUGAAGCUGGAAGUUUGGCCGGAUUCAAUUUUCGAGAAACCGACGGUGUUGGAACCAAAUCUGCCGGGAAUGAAGGAAAUUUUAUCAGGAACGUUGUUUCUCAGAUCACUGGAAAACUGAGCAGAAACAAUCACUUAGUGUUACCUACCAAGCUAGUUGGAAUAGAUUCUCGCGUGCGAGAAAUUAGUCAGCAUUUAGAUGUUGGAGGAUCAAAUGAUGUUCGCAUAAUUGGAAUUUUGGGUAUGUGUGGACUGGGUAAGACAACGGUUGCAAAAGCCGUUUUCAACAAACAUCAUCAUAGUUUUGACGGUGCAAGUUUCCUUGAAACCGCGAGCGAAGAGAAACUGGUUGAUUUGCAAAAAAAACUUAUUUCUGAUAUCUUGAAACCGGCCUACAUAUUGGUAAGUAGUAUCAAUGAAGGGACCAAGGAGAUAAAACAAAGGUUAGGCAACAGAAGGGUACUUGUCGUAAUUGAUGAUUUAGACAGCGUUCAACAAAGAGAUGCUUUGGCUAUACAACCUGACUCCUUUGGUCAAGGGAGCAGAAUCAUUAUAACUUCAAGAAACGAACAUUUGCUAAAGAUACUUAAUGUGUAUAAGAUAUGUCCUCUGCCAACAAUGAAUGAAAGAGAAGCUCUUGAGCUACUUAGUUGGCAUGCCUUUAGAAACAAUUAUCCUAAUGCAGAGUAUAUUGAGCUCUCAAGAAAGGCUGUUGGCUACUGUGGAGGUUUGCCACUAGCACUUGAAGUCUUAGGUUCUUAUAUACGUACAGAAAGCACAAGUGAAUGGGAAACUGUACUGGAUAAAUGGAAGAGAUCACAGCCUUAUCGGGAAAUUCACAGAAGACUUGAAAUAAGCUAUGAUGGGCUAACUGAUGAUGACGUGAAGGCUAUAUUCCUUGACAUCUCAUGUUUCUUUACUGGAAUGAACAAGGACUAUGUCAUGACAGUACUGGAUGGCUGUCAGUUUUAUCCAGAAAUAGGGAUUCGAGAACUCCAAGAUCAAUGCCUUGUAACUGUUGAUAAAGAAGGCAAUCUCAUGAUGCAUGAUUUGAUUCAAGGCAUGGGCAGAGAAAUUGUGCGUGCAGAAUCCCCUGACAAUCCUGGAGAGCGUAGUAGAUUGUGGCAUAAUGAAGAUAUAACAGACGUAUUGACAAAACAAUCUGGAACGGAAGACGUUGAAGGACUCGCUUUAGAUGUGCAAGAGUCUGAUGAGCGUAGCUUCAGUUCAGACUCAUUUAGAAACAUGCAGAGUCUGCGAUUGCUCAAACUCAAUAACAUAAAGCUCACUGGAAGUUACCACAAUCUUUCCAAAGAGUUAAGAUGGUUGUGUUGGCAUGGAUUUCCUCUGGAGGUCAUACCAAAAGAUUUUGAUCAACCAAACCUAGUUGCUAUUGACCUGAGCUAUAGCAAACUCAUACGAGUUUGGGAGGAUUCCGAUUUGUUGCUCGAGAAGUUGAAGCUUCUUAAUCUCAGUCAUUCCCAUAACCUGGCACAAACACCAGACUUUUCAAAACUCCCAAAUCUCGAGGAAUUGAUUUUGAAUGAUUGUGAGAGUUUGUCCGAGGUUCAUUCAUCCAUUGGGAAUCUUGAAAGACUUACUUUGGUAAAUCUUGAAGGCUGCAAAAUGCUCAAGGAUCUCCCACUGAAUUUCUUUAAUUCCAAGUCUAUUGAAACUCUUCUUCUUAACGGCUGUUCAAGAUUUGAAGACUUGGCUGAAGGCUUGGGAAAGAGUUACCAUAAGACAGCAGAUGGCUCACCUAUAAGACAAAUACUAAAGUUGAGAUUUUCAUCUCAAUAUGGAGUGAAAGAGUCACCAUCAACUAGUCUUUUGCCCCUUUCUUUUCAUGGCUUAAACUCUUUACGGAAAUUAGAUCUUGGAUGCUGCUCUUUAACAGAUGAUGAAAUCCCGAAGGAUCUUGGGAGUCUAAUUUCUUUAGAAGAUUUAGAUCUUCGAAAAAAUAGUUUUUGUAGCCUACCAAGCCUCAGUGGUCUUUCUACGCUUGAAACAUUGUGUUUAGAUGAUUGCACAAACCUACAUGCAAUCCCAAAUUUACCAACAAGUUUGAAAGUCUUGCGAGCGGGUUUGUGCACUGCAUUAGAAACAGUGCCAGAUUUUUCAAAAUUGUCGAAUAUGAGAGAGUUGUAUCUAAGUCAUUCCUGCAAACUCACCGAGAUUCCGGGCUUGGAGAUGUCAUUAAACUCGAUGACAAGAAUUCAUAUGGAAGGGUGCAUCAAUCUCACUGCUGAUUUUAGGAAGAACAUCCUUCAGGGAUGGACUUCUUGCGGAUAUGGUGGCAUUUUUCUCAAUGGAAAUUAUAUUCCUGACUGGUUUGAUUUUGUCAAGGGUGAUCGGGUCAGUAUUCACAUACCUCAAAUUGUUGGUCGCAAUUUUAGCGGGUUGACUCUGUGCUGCAUAUACUCUUCAAAGACACAACGUGAAGGUCCUCUCGGCAUUAUCGUUAGCAAUAAAACCAAGCGUACUGCUUUGCUCGCCCGGAUAACAUAUGCCUCGGUACCAACUUCCUGUACACUUGAUGACCAUUAUCUUUGGCAGGGGCAUAUAUCGAACUAUGUGCUAAGUUUGCAAGGAGGGGACAAGGUCGAUAUAGUUGUAAUGCCUGUUGAAACUGCAGAUGCUUCUGUGAGAGUGAAGAAAAUAGGGGUUAAUCUAGUAUGGGACAAAGAGAUGAAAGAGAAUAUGCAUGAUUCAGACUUUAAUCUCUAUGAUUUUGGCCUACAUCCGGUUUGGUUCUUGGGAGCUGAUGGGUAUGAAGGAUUCAGUAUUAGAGAACUGAAGAACAAUUACUUGGACGUAGCCAUACACCCAGUUGGAAUAGAUUCUCGCGUGCAAGAAAUCAGUAAUUAUUUAGAUGUUGGAGGAUCAAAUGAUGUCCGUAUCAUUGGAAUCUGGGGUAUGGGCGGACUGGGUAAAACAACGGUUGCAAAAGUAAUUUUCAACAAAUAUCAGCACAUGUUUGAUGGUACAAGUUUUCUUCCAAAUGUGAGAAAAGAUGAGGAACUGGUUGAUUCACAAAACAAACUUCUUUCUGAUAUCUUGAGAUCGGGAAACAUGAAGGUUAGUAGGAUCUAUGAAGGGACCAAGGAGAUUAAAAGAAGACUUGGCAACAAAAGAGUACUUGUUAUAGUAGAUGACGUAGACCGCGAUGCACAGUUAGAUGCAUUAGCUCUAAGGCAUGACUCAUUUGGCCCAGGAAGUAGAAUUAUUGUAACAACAAGGGAUCAACAUUUGCUAAAGAUACUUAACGUGGAGGCGAUUUGUCCUUUGCAAGAAAUGAAUAAAGAAGAAGCUCUUGAGCUAUUUAGUUGGCAUGCCUUUAGAAAGAAUUAUCCUAAUGAAGAGUACGUUGAGCUCUCAAGAGAAGCUGUUGACUACUGUGGGGGUUUGCCACUAGCACUUGAAGUCAUAGGUUCUUAUCUACGUUCAACAAGCACAAGUGGAUGGGGAACUGUACUGCAUGAAUGGAAAAGCUCACAGCCUUAUAGGGUAAUUCUGGAAAAUAUUAAGACAAGCUAUGAUAGGCUAAAUGAUGACCUGGUGAAGGAUGUAUUCCUGGAUAUAGGCUGUUUCUUUAUUGGAAUGAACAAGAACGAUGUCACGACAAUAUUGGAUGGCUGUGACUUAUAUCCAGAAAAAGGAAUUCGAGAACUCCAAGAUCAAUGCCUUGUAACUGUUGAUACACGAGGCAAUCUGAUGAUGCAUAACUUGAUUCGAGACAUGGCCAGAGAAAUCGUACAUGCACAAUGCCCUGACCAUCCUGGAGAACGUAGUAGAUUGUGGUAUCAUGUGGAUGUAAAAGACAUAUUGGUGAAACAAUCUGGAACUGUGGCAAUUGAAGGACUUGCUUUAGUUUUUCCUUAUAAUUCAUGGUUCAGUACAGAAGCAUUUAGAAAGAUGCGGAGUCUAAGAUUGCUCAAACUCAGUCACACAAAGCUCACUGGAAGUUGCAACAAUUUUUCCAAAGAGUUAAGAUGGUUGUGUUGGCAUGGAUUUCCUCUGGAGGUCAUACCUUUAGAUUUCGAUCAGCCAAACCUAGUUGCUGUUGACCUGAGCUAUAGCAAACUCAAACGAGUUUGGGAGGAUACUGACGUGCAGCUGCUCAUGAAUCUGAAAAUCAUCAAUCUCAGUCAUUCCCAUGACCUAACAGAAUCACCAGAUCUUUCCAAAGUCCCAAAUCUUGAAAAACUGAUAUUGGUAAACUGUACAAAAUUGUCUCAGAUUCACCCAUCCAUUGGGCAUCUUGAAAGACUUUCGUUGGUAAAUCUUGAAGACUGCGAAUCGCUUCUGUAUUUUCCACGGGAUUUCUAUAAGUCAAGGUCAGUUGAGACUCUUAUUCUUAACGGCUGUUCAGGUUUAAAAAUGCUGGAUGACAGCUUAGGGGGGAUGGUAUCAUUGACAACACUUCAAGCAUGCUAUACAAGGGUAAGGCAAGUACCAUCUUCAAUAGUAGGAUUGAAGAACCUGACAUUUUUAGGCCUUAGAAACUGCGGGUUAACUGAUGAUGCAAUCCCUAAGGAUCUUGGGAGUCUAUUUUCUUUAGAAAUAUUGAAGCUUGAUGGCAAUUCGUUUAAAAUCCUACCGAGCCUCAGUGGACUCUCCAAGCUUAAAAUGUUAGAUUUGAGUUUUUGCAACCGUCUUCGUGAAAUCCCAGAUUUACCAACAAAUUUGGAAAUCUUGAGAGCGAAUGAGUGCAUUUCACUUGGAAAAAUGCCAAAUUUUUCGGAAAUGUCGAGUAUGGUUGAACUGCAUCUGGAUUUCUCCCCCAAACUCACUGAGAUUCUAGGCUUGCAUGAGUCGUUAAACACCAUGAGAAGGAUUCAUAUGGAAGGCUGCACCAAUCUCACUGCUGCUUUUAGGAAGAACAUCAUACAGGGAUUGACUUCCUUCGGACAUGGUGGCAUUAUUUUUCUCAAUGGAGUUUAUGAUAUUCCAGAGUGGUUCCAGGUUGUUGGUAUUCAUGAGUCCAAUGAUGUUCAUUUUAAAGUGCCUCAAUAUUUGGGUCGUAAUUUUAGAGGAUUGACUCUGUGCUGUGUUUUCGAGUGGAUUUGUCCUGGAUUUACUGUUACAAAUAUUACCAAGGGUAAGGCUUUGCACAUCCCGGAAGAAUCUACAUCCAGUUUGGGUAAUGUACUCCGUUUGCAAAGUGUAUUAUCACAUGAUGUACUCCGUUUGCAAAGUGGGGACGAAGUCUCGAUUUCUGCAGUUACGACAAGAUUGGGUGGGAUGGGGCGAUUGAUGAAAACAGGAGUUAAUCUAGUCUGGGAUGAUGGUGAUGGCGGUGACGCAUACUCUAGCAAGGACGAGAUUGUUGCCGUACCAAGCAAUAUUACAUCUGACGAGCCGACAAUUACUAGAGCUGCAAGCUCAAACAAUGGCAAUGGGACAACGUCAAACAAUAGUCCUCCGUCGAGAUCGUCCACCAUCUGCCACCAGGGCUCGAGGAUCAUGCGGCGGCAGAGGAGCGGAACAUCCUCGAAGCACCCUGACAGGGCGGAGGAGUUUUCACUGUCCGAGCUCACGGCCGCCACGAAUGACUUCUCAAUGGAGAACAAGAUUGGCUCCGGAAGCUUCGGAGUUGUAUAUAGGGGCAAACUGCAAGACGGCCAGGAAGUUGCGAUCAAGCGCGGCGAAACCGCCUCGAAGAUGAAGAAGUUUCAGGAGAAGGAGAGGGCAUUCGAUUCGGAAGUUGCCUUCUUGUCGAGAGUUCAUCACAAGCACCUCGUGAGGCUUGUCGGAUAUUGCGAAGAGAGGGAUGAGAGGCUUUUGGUAUAUGAGUACAUGAAAAACGGUGCGCUUUUCAAUCACUUGCAUGACAAGAACAAUGUGGAGAGGAGUAGCAGUUUGUUGAAUUCGUGGAGAGUGAGGAUCAAGGUUGCAUUGGAUGCUUCAAGAGGCAUUGAGUAUCUGCACAAUUACGCCGUGCCGCCUAUCAUUCAUCGAGAUAUAAAAUCAUCGAAUAUCUUGCUCGACGCGAAUUGGACCGGGAGGGUGUCUGAUUUUGGGUUGUCGUUGAUGGGGCCGGACUCAGAGGCGGAUUUUAGGCCAACGAAGGCGGCAGGGACGGUUGGCUACAUUGAUCCGGAGUACUAUGGACUCAACUUGUUGACAGCAAAGAGCGAUGUCUAUGGAUUUGGUGUGGUGCUAUUGGAGCUUCUGACGGGGAAGAGGGCCAUAUUUAAGGAUGCGGAGAACGAGGGGACGCCUAUAAGCGUGGUGGAUUUCGCAGUGCCGGCGAUUAUGAGCGGGGAGUUGGUGAGGGUUUUGGACAGGAGGGUUGGGCCGCCGGAGGUGAAUGAAUCGGAGGCGAUCGAGCUGAUGGCGUAUACCGCAGUGCAUUGCGUGAAUUUGGAAGGGAAAGAUAGGCCGACGAUGGCGGACAUUGUGGCGAAUUUGGAGAUGGCGUUUGCUCUCUGCGAUGACAGCCCCGGCAACAUCUCUGGUGGUGGAAACUCCAUUGUGUCUGCAGAGUAAGAGUGAGUAAAAUGUGCUUCCUUCCCAUUAAAGAAAGAAUUGAAUUAUUUCUUCAAAUUUUGUCAAAUUUUUAGGGGAUAAAUUGAAUGGAUUUAAUUAAGAUUUUUACCAUUGGGGGUUGUAAAAAGACUAGAGAUUUAGGGGGUUCUAUCUAACCUUGCUGUAGUGUAACAUUUUGUAAACACUUAACAGCUAGAAAAAUAUAGCCCUUGGUUGCAAUUUUCAA